AUGCCUCGAUCACAUCAACGAACCGAAUCCGGGACUGAUGGACUGAAAAAGAAAUCGACCAAAUCGCUUCGCAGUCGAGCACGAGAAAACACCUAUCUGUUCCUCGAGUCUAUCUCCAUUCGUGGAUGUAAUCGGAUCGUGAAAGCCCAGAGCCGAUUUAUCCGUCAUUUGUGGAUAUGUUACCUGGUGUUCACCUCACUUUUCCUCUGGGUAUCCGUGAUGCGACUGGUCAGCGAGUAUUGGAACUACUCGGUCAAUAUUCAAACGUAUGUGAGCAUGGAUGCCCCGGCCGAUUUUCCCGCGAUCACAUUUUGUAAUCAUCAACCGUUUUCCGAGUACGGAUAUGAAUUAUGGCGCCAGGGUCAAGUGAUAUCACCGACUAAAUUUAAUCACGUGCUACGCCAGGAAGCAGAUCAUCGAAUUAAUGCGUCACGUGAUCAUCCAUACUUACUUCCCCCCGAAGCUGCUCAGUUAGGUUUUGUGUUUGAUUCAGUGAAAUUGUAUUAUCAAAACUUGGAUUGGCCCUAUCCAAAACAGCUGGGACAUCAACGAAACGAGAGCAUCUACAUGUGUCUGUUCCGUUAUCUAGGUGAGCAUUUGGUUAUUGGCGGUUCCGGUUGCCACGAUGAUAUGAUACGUGUAUCUGUUCGAUCUCAUCCGCAUCAUUUUAAUUGUCAUACCGUCUCCAUUGCACCUCGUAAAGCCAAACAGGUUCAAGAAGUUGGACUAAUUAUUUGGCUUGGACCGCAAGAGAACUACGACGCCAGUCAUCGUCAGGCUUUCCUGUUGGACCUAUUUGAACAGGCAUACGGUCUACGUGUAGCCAUUCAUGAACCUGGACAGUUGGCCAAUUUAGACAGUCACGGGAUACAGAUUGAACCUGGCCGAAUGAAUGAGCUGAACUUCGAAGCUGUUCGGCACAUACACAUGAGAACCCCGCGAAAUCCGUGUAUUACGAAACCGGAAUCAAAAUACAAAGAUUUGGAUGAAACAUACGAUUACGAGUUCGAGUUGUGUCUAAACACUCUGGUUCAGGCUAAAGUAGUGGAAAAAUGUCGAUGCCUGUAUGCCUAUCUGCCUCGCAUAGCUUUUCCGAACAGCACAUUGCCGUAUUGUGGUCGAUUCCUGGCGGAAUCCGGAGAACAGUUGGAUGUUCAAGGAGUCUUUGAACGAAAGCAAUGUGCAACAGAUAUUAUGAGCCAAGCAGCACAUUUGAAAAAGUCCUUUGAAACAGAGGGACUAUGUCUCCGGCGCUGUGAAUCUGUAGAUUAUGUUAGCACAGUCUCUGUGACCACGUGGCGAUCGACACAGUGGCAAUUGUACUGGAGUCAAGAGACAGCCGCGGCGUUAGAUUCAAGUGAUACCGGUACACUGGCCUCGUACUUUCGUCUCGCGAAUUUGUCCAGCGCAUUGGGUGAGAAAAACAAUGUUCAGUCGAAAGGUCCAACCGGACAAUAUGGGUUCAGUGAUCGUUACACGUAUGUCCUCGUCAAACGAAAAAGCAACGAUACUAUCGUGAAAGCGGAAAAUCUGGUACUCACAUUCAACGCAUUGGUCAGCAGAAUUGGCGGUCUGUGUUCGUUGUAUAUUGGUAUGACAUUUGCAGUAGUGAUAGAAUUGAUCGAGUUUUUAUAUAUCGCUAUUUACGGGAGCAGGCUGGANGUGGUUGAUACUGGCCCUGUCUCAAACGAUGCAACUGCGCAUAAUAACAACAAUAGAUUAGAUUCUGUUCCAGAAAACGAAGGUACCACCUCAAAAGCGUGUGCGGUUCAGGACAGCAAUGAUACGGAUCAGUUGUCAGAGGUUCAUGAACACUUUUUGGCCCAGCCGUUGACCACAGACUCCUCAGACAUAAAAGAUGAGCAUGUGACAUCACUUGAUCCAUUGAUAAUCACAAAUAAGAAUCAAGUUGAAGAUCGAAGGAGCGCCUUGUAA